AUUUUAUCUAUUGUCAUAAUUAUCGACAUAUUUAUUUUGCUUCGUUAGAUCUUCAAGAAUUUGUUUGCAGCCAUAUUAUACUUUCAAUGCAAAAUUAACUUUUAAAUAUUAUUCUAAUCGAUUCAUUAGAAUACUUAAACGAGUUUAAUAUCCAUGAAGCAAGAACUCGUUAAAAUAGGUAAAAAGUGAAAGGUGUUCUCUUAUACAAAUUAUAAUUCCAUUAGUAAUACUUUUCCUCGAUGAUUUUGCAUUUUAAAACAAGAAAUCAUUAUUUAUUUAAAUUAUCAAUGUACUCAAACGAAUCGCCAUCUAGCGAUCAUGUUUUUCAUCAUUGUCGAUAUUACAGAAAAUAAUUUGAUCAUUGUUUUAUCGUAAACUGAUAAAAUAGGUUACUAUAAAAAAACAAAACAUAUGAUUUAUUUAAACAACGUGAAGUUUCAUUAUUUAUUAUAAUUUAUUUGUAUUCUCGUAUACGUGGAUAAUAAAAAAAAAAGAACAAUUUAGUAUAAAAAUGAAGAAAUAUGAAUCUUCACGUAAUUAUUUAACAAGUAUAUGGACUUCAGAAUUGGAGGUUGAUAAGGCAAAUCAUGGUCAUGGUUCUCUUAGAGAAGUUAGUUAAUAUAUUUUAUUAAUUAAUAUAUUUUAUUAGGUUUGUAGGUUAAUUUCUAUGAUAUAAAGAAAUGAAAUAUAAUUUGAAAAUGUUAUUUAUAAUCAGGCUUUAAAUAAUCAACAAGCCACUAAAUGCACACGCCUAAUGGCGACUUUUGUACCAAACGAAAUUAUCUUAGCCAAGGAUCUUACUAAAAAAAUUACGAAUAAAUUUAAUGCGAUUUUACUUUUUCUAGAUAUUUCAGGUUUUUCAAUACUUUACAAUAAAUAUACAAAUGCUGAAAAUGGUGGAAUGUAUGCAUAUACCAUGUUGUUAAAUAAAUAUUUAAAUGUUAUAGUCGAAGAAAUAUAUUCGACAGGGGGUGACAUUCUGAAAUUUUCUCAAAACGCAAUAUUAUCUUUAUGGAGAAUUUAUCAAGAUGAAUUAAUGAUAAACGUUAUACCAAAAGUAAUAAGUUGUGCUUUACGUUUACAAAAAUUAUUAGCUAACAUCGAUAGAACAGAGAAAAUUAUGUCUAAAAUCAAUGCACUCAUUUCGGCUGGAAACGUGAUAUUUGGUAUCAUAGGAAAUGAAUUAUCUAGACAUUAUAUUAUCACUGGUCAACCAAUUUUAGAUUUAAGAAAAGCAAAAAAAGUUUGUCUACCAGGUGAUUUAGUUUUAUCUAUGAACGCUUGGGAACAUUGUACACCUAGUCAAUAUAAAUAUGUGAUCAAGGAUGAGUAUAAUAUAAAAAUAAUUAAAGUAAUACAAGAUGACAGAAGAUUAGUAAGAACUUCAACUUCUAUCAGACCUUUAAUAUCGAGUGUAUCCAAACGAUGGAAUCGUAAAAUUAUGCGAAGAUUAACUGAACUAUUACAAAAAAAAAUUAUUAUUACGAGAGAAGAAGAAAGUAGUAGUACUUCCGAUGAAAAUACAGAUGACAAAAUAUUUUCAGCACGAAAAUUAAUGGUAGAAGAAAUGAAACGUAAUAUGGCUAUUCAAUUAAAAAUUUAUCUAAUACAUGCAGUUGCUGAACAAAUCACACAUGACCUACCGUUGGAACAUUUAAUGGAAACAAGACGAAUAACUAUGGUUUCCAUAGAUAUUAAAUCAACUGAUUGUUCAGAUUUCGAACUUAUUUAUUUGGUAGAUGAAUGUUAUUUACUUCUACAUGGUAUAAUCAAACCUAAUUCGGGAUGUAUUUAUUCAAUGAAUUUAUAUGACAAUGAUAUCUCAUUUUCGAUCGUUUUUGGAUUAGAAGAAUCUAACGAAAAUGUAGAUGAUAAUAAUGAAGAAAUAACGAAAAAUGCAAUAGUGUGUGCGUAUAAAAUAUUACAAGCGCUUAAAAUUCAAUGUUUUAUACGUGGUACAUCAAUUGGCGUAUCUACAGGUGUGGCUUAUUGUGGAGUUGUUGGACAUAAUUCAAGAAAAGAUUAUAUGAUCACCGGUAUUCCAGUGAACAAUGCUAAGAGUAUCAUGGAAAUUUCAUAUGAUAAAGUAUGUUGCGAUUACGAUACGGUAAUGCACAGUAAUUUAUGCAGAAAUGCAUUCAGAUCACGUGGUGUACAGAAUUUAAAAAUAAGCGGCAAAUGUCACGUUUACGAAUUUCUUGGAAUACCUUCUAUACAACCAACACCGAUUAACACAUCUAACAUUAAUUAUCGUUAUCCAAUUUUGGGUCGUUUUCAAGAACUAGAAACUUUCAAUGAUAUUUUAGACAAUAUCGGAGUUAUGGAUAGAAAUAAUUCUGGAUUGUUAAUAAUGGGUAAUGAAAGAUCUGGUAAAUCAAGAUUACUCGAUGCAUACGUCACCAUUGCUAAAAAUAGACAAAUAAAUGUAAUUCAACUUCCUUUGCAUUAUUCUUAUUCGGAAAAAGAAUACACGGUUAUUUAUCAUAUUCUUUUAUUGAUACUCGAAGCAGAAGAUUGCAAAUCCAUUAAAGAUCGUGAAAGAGUAUUGAAAAAGAAAUUAGGUUCGUUUCUAUUUUCUACAGAAUUUUGUUAUCUGAAUACAUUAAUGAAAGUUUCAUUCCCUCUUUCAAAUGAAUAUUGUGCUUCUAACAGUUGGCAACGUUAUAUCAAAAUGACGCAAAUAUUCAACAUUAUUUUAAAUCAAAGUGGAAAAAUGUGUAUAUUUUUGGAUGACUUUCAUUAUACCGAUUUGAUGUCAUGGCAAUUUAUAUCAUUAGCAUUAAACAAUGUUAACGUAGUAAUAGUAAUUACUACUUUAAAUCCAUCUUUAAAUAUUGCAAAAUUUGAUAUUGAGGAUAUCAUUUUUGAAGAUAAAAGAUUAAUAAAAAGGACUUUGCAAGGAUUAGAUAAUCAAUUUUUAACUGCAUUUGCAUGUCAAUUUCUCAAUGUCGUAGCAAUACCUAAAAGUUUGGACGUAAUUUUAAAAAAAUAUAGUCAAAACAAUAUAGGCUGGUGUGAAUUAUAUUUGAGUUUGACAUUGCAAAGUAACGGACUUGAUUUUUUAACUAUGACCGCAACUGAAUUGAAAAAAUAUAAUCUCGUUUUUCCUGAAUCAUCUAUGAUCACAAAAGUGCCAUCUAAUUUGUUACCAGAAGACGUGAUACCUUCAUCCGAAUUAAAUACUUUUCAUGUUUGUAUAACUAACGAAUUAUAUAUCGGUUUUCUUGAUGCCAAUUUAAGUUACAUUGGUUUGAAAAAAAAACUUUAUGAAAGGAUGAACUCGUAUCAACAAGAAUUUAUCAAAUGUGCUGCAUCUUUAGGUCGAUUAUUCGUACGAACUAUCGUUCAAACUGUUAUGUUAAAUUCAACUGCAGUAUAUACAGCAAAAACCGUAUCUGAAUUAAUUCGAAUACGAAUAAUAGAAUGUGCAUCCAUACAAAGAACUUUAUUUUAUACCGAUGAUCAUUUAUACGGUUUAUUUAUAAGAAGACAAACAUUUUCCAACAUGCAUCAUUUAAUACAAUGCGAUUGUCCAUUAUCUCAUGAUUUCUCGAUACCAACAUUACCCGCUUAUUCUAAUUGCAAAAUGUUGGAAUUUAAAAUCCUUUCGUUUCAUAAAAUGUUAUACGAUAUGCUGCAACAAGAUAAAAAAGACGAGUAUUGGCAGAGAGCUUGUCAGAUUUACGAAAGAGAAACUCAAAAAUGUUCAGAAUGCGGUGGCGGCUCCUUUUUCAGAAUAUUUUCUAGAAAAUUGUCGGUUGAGAUACCAUCAACUAUGUCGUUAGUUAGGAGAGAACCAACACAAAGUAUUCUUAAAACUAAUAUUCAACAACCUAUCAGAACUGACAUUUUACGUACACAAAGAAUACCAAUCAUGCCAUUCUUUGAUAAUGAUCAAGAAGACGAACAACCAGUAGAAGAUUUUUCAUCAGACGUAAUUAGUGUUUCAAGUAAAAUAGGAUUUCUAUUCGAUAGAUCGAGAUCAAAAUUUUUACGAAGAUCAUCGGUUACACCACAAAGAAUAACCGAUCCUUCUCGAUAUAUUUUUUUAAAAAAAUUCACAUCUAUCGAUUACAGAAAUUGUCAUUGUUAUGACAAAGUUAAUUACAUAUUUUGGAAAUUGAGUGAAUAUAUCGAACAAAUAGGAUCGGACGAAGAUAUUUUAGAAUUUUUAAUCGGAUAUAGUGCUGGAUUAAUUUACAUUGCUGAACCAUUAUUUGCAUUGAAAAUUCUUGAAAUGGCAGAAGAAGUAAACAAAAAUAUUGAAAAGGAAUGUCAGCAGAAAGAAACGUGUAACAAAUAUCCGAUAAUUAAUAAAUCAAUGAUUUUUAUGUUGUUGGGUGAUGCUCAUAUGGCAUUAGGUAAUUAUUGUCAAGCAAAAAUAACAUAUACCAAAGCAAUAUCUUCACGAAUGAGAAUACCUCGAUCAAAACUGGCUAUUUGUUAUAUAACAUUUAAAGAAAAAUUAUAUUUACGAAUAAGAAUAAGAUUUUUAAAUCAUUUUAUGAAUCGUUAUCAGGGACCAACGGCAUUCGAUAAUUUACAAUUGGCAUCAUUUCUUCAACGAAUUUCUUCAGUUCUUAUGAUAGAAAAGAAAACAAAAGCUGCACAAUCGUUUAUCCUACAAAGUCUCAGAUUAGGAAUCGAAAGUUCUGGUAAUUUUUCCAAACAGGCUGAAAUUUAUCUUACUGCUGUCAAAGUUUUAAGACAUACUGGUGACUUUAAUUUUAUCAAACGUCUCGAAUAUUUAAUGAUGGAGGUUAUUAAAACAAAAAUUUAUUGGUAUUAUGCUGAAGAUUUAAGGCUUAUGACGAAAAUAUUUAUGGCUAUGUAUGAAAUCAGAGCAUUGAGAGGUGAAUUUCAAGAAGCUAUCAAAUUUGGUAGAAAGAUACUUAGAAUAACGAACACGAUGAAACUUACCCACGGGAAACUUGCUUUGUUGCCAUCUUUUAUUGAAAUCAUGAUGUGGACAAAACAUAUUAGUGAAGCAAUUGAUUUAAUAAACGAGUUAUAUUAUUUAUCAGACGAGGACAUAGAUAGUUCAGCUAUUACCUGGUAUUAUGCUCUCAGCUUAGAAUUCCUUUUACAAGCUGGAAUAUUUUUGGAAUCUUAUGAAUCUUGCCUACGCCAUGCGAAAACACUCGCCAAUUGCAAAACUAAAGGUUGCGUUUCUCGUGAUCCAGAAUGUCUUACUCGACUUUUAAGCGGUUUAUGGAUUUGGCAAUUGCGAAUGGGAUACAGAAUUGACGAAAGUUUCGAAUUAACCGUAGAUAUUUAUACGAAGAGAGUCCAACACGAUAUAUUUUCAACAAUAAUUACUUGCGGCCAAGGUUUGGAAUGUUUUCUUCUAGUAUUAAUUCGUUGUAUUAAUUUAAAAAAAGCUAAUCAAUUGAUCGAAAUACUUAACGCCGUGCAGAAAAUCAUAAAAACAUUAAAUCGAGUUUCAAAACGUGCUCCGUUCAUAAAACCGUUACUUUAUUUUUUAAAAUCUCAUAUGAAUACGAUUCAUGGUAGAAAAUCAAAGAGAAAUUAUAAUUUGCAUAAAGCAGAAAAAUGGUCACGUUUGCAAGACAACAAAUGCAUGGCUGCAUGGAUCUUACAAAAUAAACGGGCAAUGACCAUCGGUAAUCUCGGAGAAUAUUGGAUGGAAAAUGUUGCAUAUGUGUAUAAUAUUCACUGGCAAGAUAUUCACAACUUUGAUUUACGUUCUUGGGCUUCCAUACUUUAUCCUUUACCAAUCCCAAAUACGUACUUAUAAUAAUAUGUCAUCAUACUUGAUUUCAAAUAAAUGUCAUUUUUUAUAGUAUAAUAAAGUCUAGUAUAACGUGAGUUUUUAUAAAGUACGAAUGACUUGUCAAAGAUAUUGCAAUUUCUUAUACAAUCUUAAUAUAUAUAAAUUACGUGUCACGUUGUUUGUUUGCAAUGGACUCCUAAACUACUGA